GUCUAAACCCGGAAGUAAACAGUACAGUUAGAAGCUGAUCGAUUUGAAACUCGUGCUGACUCAGAGAUGUUAGAAAAUGUUUAACCUCUCGUCUGCUUCUCCGUAGCGCAACAGUCACACAGACACAUCAGUGAAGCCACUGUUUAGACAGACUUACAGCGGUGUGGAGCAGCAGACACUUCACUCAUCACAAAUAUAAACCGAGAGAAGCCUGCAGCGCUUCUGAACCGAGAUGAACAGCGAGAUCUUCAGUCUGAGCGAGAGGCUGGUGUCCUCCUCUUAUGUGCGGCAGGGCCUGCAGGCUCGGCGUGGUCACGAGCAGCUCAUCAGACUGCUUCUGCAGCAGGGCAAAUGUCCAGAGGAGGGGUGGAGUGAGAGCACCGUCGAGCUCUUUCUGAACGAGCUGGCAGUCAUGGACAGUAAUAACUUCUUGGGGAACUGUGGUGUGGGCGAGCGAGAGGGCCGGGUCGCCUCAGGCCUGGUGGCCAGGAGACAUUACAGACUGAUCCACGGCAUCGGCCGCUCGGGGGACAUUGCUGCUGUUCAGCCCAAAGCUGCCGGUUCAAGCCUCCUGAAUAAAAUCACUAAUUCAGUCGUGCUGGACGUGCUCAGAUUUACAGGUACUCUCUGUUAUAGUCUUACUAUGAUAAGCGUGUCUUUAAUGCAUUACAGGAUUGAGAUGAUGUGGUCUUGUGCAGGUCGAGCUUCUGCGUCCCCGUCUCUAGACGUCCUCAUUACGCUGCUCACACUGGGAGCCAACGGCUACAAGAAACUCUUGGCUGAGAGAAAGGAGCUGUAUGGUCACCUGGCGCAGGAGCUGAGCGCUCUAGCCGAGAGACACGGGGAGAGACUGCUGCAUACGCCACACAAUCCAAUAUCACUGGCGAUGUCUCUGAACCGUCUCCAGACACACAGCACCGCAGCAGUCACGCAGCUGGGCUCCAUGCUCUUCACCAGACAGGUGUCUGGAGCCAGGGUCGUCCCGCUGGGUGUGGAGCAGACCGUGAGCGGACACGCGUUUCGUGGCUUCAUGUCGCACGCAGAUGCCUAUCCGUGCCCGUACCUUAACGCAGCCUCUGCUAUUGGAAUAACCAGAGAUGAUAUAACACUGUGCAUCAAGAGACUCGAUAAAUGCCUCAAGAGCCUUAGCAAAGAAGCUUCUGCAGAGAAGAGUGAGUCAGGAUCGCCAGCUGAAGAUGUGGAACCGCUGGUCAUCAGUAUCCGAGGAUCGUGUCUCAUUGACUAA